CAAUUUUAUUUUUAACAGAAAGGGCAUCACCAUGUGAUCUUAACCCCUCACAAGGCAGAAGCAGAAGAUUCGUAGCGGACGGUGGGCUUUCUCGAGAAACUGCUAUGGCUUCCGCCGUUGCUCAGGAAGACCAGGUUCUUGUACAAGAAAACUUGUCCGCCACAAAAAUAUUGAUACUGAACAGGCCUAAGCAAUUGAAUGCGCUUUCAUUUCAAAUGAUUUCUCGGCUUUUGGAACUUUUCGUUGCCUAUGAACAAGAUCCUACUGUGAAGUUGGUUAUUCUAAAGGGAAAAGGAAGAGCAUUUUGUGCUGGUGGUGAUGUUGCUGCUGUGGUUCGCUCUAUAACUAAAGAUAAUUGGAGAAGUGGUGCAAUAUUUUUCGGGAAGGAGUUCAUCUUAAAUUAUCUCACGGCAACAUACUCAAAACCCCAGGUAUCGAUUCUCAAUGGCAUCGUCAUGGGAGGUGGAGCUGGUGUCUCAAUACAUGGAAGGUUCCGUGUUGCAACUGAGAAUUCGAUCUUUGCCAUGCCUGAAACAGCUUUAGGGCUGUUCCCUGAUAUUGGGGCCUCUUAUUUUCUGUCAAGACUGCCUGGAUUCUUUGGAGAAUAUGUUGGUCUUACAGGGACUCGGUUGGAUGGUGCUGAAAUGCUUGCAUGUGGCCUGGCAACUCAUUUUGUUCCUGCAGCGAAAUUGAAUUUGUUAGAACAAGAACUAUGCAAGGUAGAUUCAAGUGAUUCAGCAAACAUUUCAGCUAUAAUUGACAGAUACUCUGAGCAACCUCCUUUAAAAGAUCAGAGUCCUUUCCAUCGGUUAGAUGCUAUUGACAGGUGCUUCUCACAAAGAACAGUUGAGGACAUCAUAAAUGCCCUCGAGAGAGAAGCUUCAAAUAUGCCAGAUGUUUGGAUCUCUGCUGCAAGUCAGUCGCUGAAGAAGGCUUCGCCAACAAGUCUUAAAAUUUCCCUCAGAUCGAUUAGGGAAGGAAGACUCCAAGGUAUUGGUCAAUGCCUUAUUCGCGAGUAUAGAAUGGUUUGUCAUGUCUUGCGGGGAGAAGUCAGCAAGGAUUUUUUUGAGGGUUGCAGAGCUCUACUGUUGGAUAAGGAUAAGAACCCGAGGUGGGAACCUUCAAAAUUGGAGCAUGUCCGCGAUGAUAAGGUUGAUCUGUACUUUGAAAAGGUGAACAAUGAAGAAUGGGAAGAUUUAAAGCUUCCCCCUAGGUCCAACUUGCCUGGAUACGCCAUUGCGAAGCUUUGAAAUUUCAUUUCAAAUGACCGUCACCAUUGCUCGAUGAAAGGAGCAUACUAUUUGUGGAUUUGCCAGGAAUAUAUUUGAAUAAACUGUUUUUAUAUAGCAAAUUUGAAUAAUCUAGCUACACAAUCGAUUGCUUCCCUGUUCCCUCGACACUAUGAUAUCAUAAGAGGGGAAAUUUACUGUGAAGCAAACUGAGAUCAUGACGAAACAGCAUGUCCUCACAUCUCAUUGCAGGUGCUCUUGUUUCUCUCUAAUAUUGGUACUCUGCAGUCUGCUCUUCA